CUAACUUCUAAACCUUUCUGUCUUUUAUAACGGCGCAAACACCUGCAAUGCUUUUGUUUUCUACAUUAUUGCCCAGUUCUCGCCCCUUCUUGAUUAUAACGUUGCUUUUUGUGUAUUCUUUUCAUUUUUCUACAAAGUGUCUGAACCCGAAUUAACUUUUUGGAAGAUACUUCAAAUGAGUGCGUUUGCGACUGUUGGUUUGUGCUGAAGAGAGAGAGCGAAGAUCCCUGUAGCCUGUAUUUUAAAUCAGAAAUCCAGGCAAAAUGAAGUACAGGAUUUUGGUCUUAUUUGCUGUUUAUCUAGUAGUCGAUUUGGUCCAAGCGGGUACCAAGUCAUUCCAGGGGCCUUGUGGAGGCAGGGACUGCAGCGGAGGAUGCCAGUGUUUCCCUGAGAAAGGCAGUCGGGGUCGGCCAGGUGCCUUGGGGCCUCAAGGGCCAGAGGGGCCCCCAGGGUUUCAAGGUCCAGAGGGGUUGACUGGACCAAAGGGUGAUAAGGGGCACCCUGGACUGCAAGGGCCAGGCGGCCCAAAAGGAGACAAGGGACCAAUGGGUGUUCCAGGAUUUCCGGGUGUCAAUGGCGUUCCAGGUCAUCCUGGCCAGGGCGGCUCCAGGGGUCUGCCAGGCCUGGACGGCUGCAAUGGGACGAUGGGAGACACCGGGACUAGGGCGAGAGAUGGGAUCCAAGGAUCACCAGGCUUCCCAGGUCCCACUGGUCCAAAAGGUCAGAAAGGAGAGCCUGUCUUUGGGGGAGGAGGCAUUGGUUUGAGGGGAGAGUCGGGGCUGCCAGGUCUAGACGGUUUGACGGGUGAGAGGGGUCCAGCUGGCUUCCCAGGGCUGGUUGGUCCGAGAGGUCGCACUGGUCCUGCGGGUUUACCAGGUCCCCCAGGCCUCCCAGGACCUAUUGGCAACAUGGGGCUUGGUUUCCAGGGAGAAAGAGGAGACAAGGGAGAGGUGGGCCAGUCUGGCCAGCCUGGCCCCCCAGGGAAACCAGUGACGGAACCCUACGUAGGCGCGCCGUCAGUAAGCAUUAUCUUCAAAGGAGAUAAGGGCGAGCCGGGCAGCUUUGGCUUUCCUGGGCAACCUGGUCUUCCUGGACUCCCGGGGCCCUAUGGGAGAGGUGGAGAGCUGGGUGAAAAGGGCAUCAUUGGGCUGCCAGGACUUCGGGGACCGGCUGGAUUAGAUGGACAGCCUGGCUUUCCAGGAGGAAAGGGUCAACCAGGCUUCCCUGGGCAACCAGGAAGAGAUGGGAUACCAGGACGAAAGGGUUUCCCAGGGGAAGCUGGUCCACCUGGUCCAUCUGUAUAUUAUAACGGAGACGGAGCUUCUGUAAAAGGCCCUCCAGGAGAUCCAGGCCAGGAUGGGGCUCCAGGAAUCCGAGGUGAUCGAGGGUUCAAUGGGCUGCCAGGACAGCCAGGCCUGCCGGGGCUCCCAGCCACCCCAGGUCCACCAGGCACCCCAGGUUUCCCCGGUGUCUCGGGAGCCAAAGGAGAAAAAGGAGACUCCGGGAGACCUACCUUCGGAACACCUGGCUCCCCUGGGAAACCGGGAGCCCUAGGAUCCCCCGGCCCACCUGGACUCCCUGGGACCAGCCGUCCAGGACAGCAGCCCCAGAUUCUUCUGGGAGACCCGGGGCAGCCAGGAUUACCUGGAGGUCGAGGGCCUCCUGGGAGCCCAGGGCCAAGCGGGCUCCAAGGAGACCCAGGUGACUGCCUCUGCCAAGGAAGAGGGGAUAACGAUUUCAACUUCCAGGGCAGCCCUGGGCUCCAGGGCCCACCCGGUACACCUGGCUUUCCUGGAGUGAAGGGAAUGACUGGAGACCGAGGAUCAGAAGGCCAGGCUGGACCAGCAGGCCCUCCUGGUGUUGCAGGGGAACGUGGCUACAACGGACUCAAGGGACAGAAGGGAGACCAGUACGUUCCAGUGAGCAGAGGCCCUCCAGGAGACCCAGGGGUUCCUGGACUCAGAGGCCCCUCAGGCGAACCAGGGAGAUCAGGCCGAGACGGGCUCCCAGGCUUUCCAGGCCGACCAGGCCCACCGGGAGACACUAGCCCAGGUCUCGUUGGAGACAAAGGCCUCCCAGGAUUCCCCGGUGCUAAUGGGCGCCCUGGGGAGCGAGCCCCUGCUGGGAUCGGUUUCCCUGGUCCGGCAGGGAUCCGCGGUGAGCCUGGUGAACCGGGUGUGAACGGCAUUCCAGGCCUGCCCGGCCAGCCCGGACCCCCAGGUGACUGUUGCUGUGGUGGAGAGGUUGGUAAUGGACUCUUAGACACAGAGGGAGGUAUCACGUUGCCUUGUAAGAUUCCUGGAACUGAGGGUGCACCCGGACUGCCUGGACUCCCAGGAACACCAGGAUUGAAAGGACAACCAGGUUUGCCUGGCACGCCUGGAUUGCCAGGGUUUGAUGGACAGAAGGGAGAGCGUGGUAGCCCUGGAUUUGGAGGGCAGCCAGGACCCUCAGGUUUCCCCGGACCGAGAGGUGAUGGGGGCACCCCAGGUCUCCCGGGUAUGGACGGCAGAGAAGGGGCUCUGGGAAAGAACGGCUCCCCAGGGCUGAAUGGACCGAAGGGGGCCCCCGGAGAGGUGCUGGGAGCAGAGCGAGGACCCCCUGGGUUUCCAGGCCUGUCUGCAGGGCCCGGAGACAAGGGGCUACCAGGAGACCCAGGGCUGCCAGGACAGAAAGGGUUUGGUGGCCGACCUGGCAUUGCCGGUGCUAAAGGAGAGCGUGGUCAGGACGGUUUCCCAGGUACCCCCGGUUUGCCUGGUCUCCCGGGGACUGGGGGUUUGGACGGCAUUCCCGGCUCUCCCGGACAAGCCGGGAGAGUAGGCUUCCCAGGAGCACCUGGCUUCCCAGGGCUCAAGGGCUCAUCGGGGGACCCUGGCCCCCCAGGGCCCGCUGGUAUGAAGGGUCUACCUGGGCUCCCCGGGGCCUCAGGACUGCCAGGGCAGAAGGGGUUCCCUGGCCGCCCCGGGCCAGAAGGGAGAGAGGGCAGGCCGGGAGUAAAUGGAAGAAAUGGUGAAAAGGGCUUCCCUGGCAUGGUGGGGUUUCCGGGAAUGCCCGGCACCGCGGGACGGCCAGGGGCCCCGGGGCUGAAGGGACCGCAUGGGUUCCCCGGCAGGGUCGGACCUAGCGGAGACAAUGGAGGGCAAGGACAGAAAGGUGACCGUGGAAGCCCAGGUCUGCCCGGUGAGAGAGUGGUCCCGCUCCAUCUCAUGUCAAAAGGAGAGAGAGGAGAUGACGGAUAUCCAGGAACAAAUGGAUUCCCCGGGCCACGAGGUGAUAAAGGGCUGCCUGGGCAGGGAGGCCGCCCCGGCCGGCCUGGUCUGCCGGGGUUCCAAGGGAAGGAGAAGGGCUCUCUGGGGGACCCAGGCUACCCAGGGCCUAGCGGACAACCAGGAUUCCCAGGACAGAAGGGCUCUCCCGGCAUCAUCGGCUUCACAGGGAUGCCAGGGGAAAGGGGUUCCGAUGGCUUUCCAGGACCUCCUGGAUUUCCAGGCAGUCCGGGGACACCCGGACAAAAAGGUGAGCGUGGCGAUGGCACCGGAUCUCCUGGAGCCCCUGGAAACAAAGGAUUCCCCGGCCAGCCUGGAACUCCUGGCACGACAGGUAACAACGGCCAGCCGGGCGACGCUGGUUUCCCUGGAAACCCCGGAAUCAACGGACAGAAAGGUUUCCCUGGAGACCCAGGCCGCUCAGGACUGCCAGGUAGCCCUGGUUUCCCCGGUGCUCGUGGUAAUCCUGGUUUCUCCGGAUCAACUGGACUGCUUGGAUCUCCUGGAUUCCCCGGCUCUAACGGCACCCCCGGACAAAAAGGUUUCGCUGGCCCCCCUGGUCUGGAUGGUCUGAACGGAUUGCAGGGGCCAAAGGGCCCGCCAGGAACACCAGGUCUGAGUGAGCCUGGGGCUGCUGGCCAGCCUGGUGCCCAGGGACUCAAGGGGGAUCCGGGCACUCCGGGAGCAGCGAUAGGGCAGCCAGGCUUCCCUGGGCAGAAGGGUGGCAAGGGAGAGCCAGGUUCUGCUGGUGUUCCUGGCUUCCCUGGGCUCCCCGGUCCUGCUGGGAUCUCCCUGCCCUCAAACAUUCCCGGGAGACCGGGCGAUAUGGGCCCCCCAGGGCAGGAUGGGGAAUCAGGUUUCCCAGGCAGAACUGGCCCCCCCGGACCCCCUGGCCCUGGGACUGCUCAAGGAGACAGAGGGGACCCAGGCUACCCCGGCCUGCCAGGAUUACCCGGGUCAAAGGGAGACCCCGGGACCAGCGGGUCUCCGGGAAUCCCAGGGGCCCCCGGUCUCAAAGGUGGCCGUGGAGACCCUGGCAUUAUGGGAAUGCCAGGCACAGAUGGAUUCCCAGGAGACCCCGGGUACCCAGGACCCAAAGGUCAAACAGGAAGUCCAGGUAACAAAGGAAGCCCAGGCCCACCAGGUCAGACGUAUCGUGCGGAGAAUGUUGUCACUCCUAUUGGGGACUCCGGCCUGCCCGGAAUCGAUGGGCAGUCCGGAGAAUCAGGAAUCCAGGGACGGCCGGGAGAGAUGGGGAGGCCAGGUCAGAAAGGCCUUCCUGGUAUCAUUGGGAAGACUGGGAGGAAUGGGAAGCCUGGCCCUGAUGGUGUUUUGGGAGAUCCUGGUCCCGAUGGCAUUCCCGGGCCCCCUGGUUUGCAAGGUGCCCCUGGGAAGCAGGGUGGAGCCGGCCUGCCUGGUAACUCUGUCCGCAGCGUCAGUGUCGGCUAUACCCUGGUGAAGCACAGCCAGUCGGACCAGGUGCCCCCCUGCCCGCUGGGAAUGGACCGGCUAUGGGACGGGUAUAGCUUGCUGUACGUGGAAGGACAAGAGAAAGCACACAACCAGGACCUGGGUCUUGCCGGCUCCUGCUUGCCUCGCUUCAGCACCAUGCCGUUCAUCUACUGCAACAUCAAUGAGGUCUGCUACUACGCCAGCCGCAAUGACAAAUCCUACUGGCUCUCCACCAGCGCGCCCAUCCCCAUGAUGCCGGUGUCUCGCAACGAGAUCCCGCAGUACAUCAGCCGCUGCUCUGUGUGCGAGGUGCCCUCGCUGGCCGUCGCGGUGCACAGCCAGGACAUCACCAUCCCGCCCUGCCCCGCGGGCUGGCGCAGCCUCUGGAUCGGAUACUCCUUCCUCAUGCACACGGCAGCCGGUGCAGAAGGGGGCGGUCAGUCCCUGGUCUCUCCCGGCUCCUGUCUCGAGGAUUUCCGCGCCACGCCUUUCAUCGAGUGCAACGGUGCCCGCGGCACCUGCCACUACUUCGCCAACAAGUACAGCUUCUGGCUGACCACCGUGGAGCCGAGGCGGCAGUUCGUGGAGGCUCCCCCCUCGGAAACACUCAAAGCUGGGCAGCUCCGUACACGAGUCGGCCGCUGCCAGGUCUGUGUGAAGAACUUGUAGCAGAGAAACCUCCACUACCACCAAGCCUUUAUUAAACAGGGCUCGGGUGAAACAUUGAGAGACUGCUAGACUUCUGCCAUCCUCCCGUCCCUCAGUGGACCGAGGGUUUGGUUUGGGUGGCUGACAGGAGUUUAAGCUUGCCAGGUUUUACGCACUCUGACCGCAAGCUUCAGUUGGGUCUAACGUAACUAUGAGAAAAGGGGCAAGGGGCUUGUGUGAUUAUACUGUGUUAGUUAUUUUUUUUCGAAAUGGUGCUAUACUUUUAAAUGUUUUAAUUAAUUUUGUUUAAAGUGUUUUAUUAUUCACGGCUACCUCGGGAAGUAAAUCAAUCCGCUAAACAUUUUUUGAAUUGAUUUUAAAAAUGGAAAGGCACAUGAACGCACUGAUGGCUAGCAAAGGAAGCAGCACACCUUUUACAGCUUACAUUUUUAUUAAGCCUCUACAGAAUACAGAAGGAUGUGUAUGCAUUUCAAAUGGUAACCCACGCGACAGGACUUUAUAAGUCACAGAUUACUUCAGGCAUAUCCGUAAAGGAAUGGUGGGUUAUCAGGGAGUGUGCAAGUUGCUCAAAUCCACAAAGACGUUGUCCUGUUAGUGUUAUCAAAUUCCUCCAAAACUAGAACAGCUUUCAGUUGACUUAGGUACAGGGAUGCUAACCCAAACUCAGACCUUCAAACUGUGGAUUUGUAACCCUUAAAGCUGAAUUUCUUACAAUUGUACUACUAUGCAUUCUACUUGGCAUGCAGACUCUAUUAACAGACGCUUGUUUGCAUUUCUCUGGGUUUGCUGUUAGGUCCAUGAACUGCUUGCCACUGUGUCAUCAUCAUGUUCUUUUACAGCUAAAGAAAACCGGAAAUUGAAAAACAAACCUUUUAUUUUUGCUUCUCAUGAUGCUUUUAUUAUACUAAUGCUAAUGGGCAACUUUCUGAUCAAACAUAUACUAAAUAAAAUAAUAAUUUAAAACACUUUUUAACUUCUUUAUACCUGCCCAUCUGUGGUGUACAUAUUUCAUCUUUUUAAAAUAUUUUUAAUAUUCCGUUGGCUUUAUAUAGCUCUUGGUGUAGAUCACCACAUUUAUUUUACUUGGCAGAAAGGCUUACAUCCAAAAUCUGCUGUCAUUAUUUUAAUCUGGCUUCUACUGAUUUUAAACUUACAAGAGGGGCUGAUUCGUGACCACUAGUCUUUCACUGUAACCUUUUCUUUCAGAGGUAGCCUUGGGUACACUAGUUUUGUAAGUAUCCAGAUGGUGUAUAAUUUUACUAUAUUCAAACCCCUAGCUAAUACAUUGGCGUAAAUAAAAAGUUUAAUACUGUGGGGGGUGUAUGUACAUUUGACCGCUAAAAUCACUUUUUUAAUUGUACCUGUAUUACAUUGUUUGUUUUAUAAUUCCAUUUGAUUUUUUAUUGAUCAGUAAUUACAAACAUACACUUAGCAGGGUGGUGUAAGGAUCCAGUCUGUACUGCUGCUUGUGCUGUACCACAGUAUAUUAAAAAAGAAAGGAAAAAUAAAAUACCGGGCUUUGAUUGCCACGCAGUCCGAAGACGUCUUAUUAAACAUUUUAUUAUCAGUUGAAGAAUAUUGGAUGGAUUUCAGUUUACAUUUCGUGUACAGUACUCUUGAGAGAUAUUGGCUCUGAAUGGUCUUGUGUAAAUUUUGAAAUAAACUUGUCAAAGUU